AUGGCCAGAACCAAACAAACUGCUCGUAAAUCUACUGGUGGUAAAGCACCUAGAAAGCAACUUGCUACUAAAGCUGCUAGAAAGUCAGCACCUACUACUGGUGGUGUGAAGAAGCCUCAUCGUUAUAAGCCUGGUACCGUUGCCCUUCGUGAAAUCCGUAGAUAUCAGAAAUCAACUGAACUCUUGAUUCGUAAACUUCCUUUUCAACGUCUUGUAAGAGAAAUCGCUCAAGAUUUCAAGACUGAUUUGCGUUUCCAAUCCUCUGCUAUUGGUGCAUUGCAAGAAGCUGCGGAAGCUUACCUUGUUUCACUCUUUGAAGACACCAACCUUGCUGCCAUUCAUGCAAAGAGAGUCACAAUUCAACCCAAAGAUAUUCAAUUAGCUCGUCGUCUUCGUGGUGAACGAUCUUAA